CUCCCACUCUCCUCUGCUCCUCUAAGCUCUUCCCUCUGCUGCCUUCACGCGUUCUCCUCACGAAAGCUGCGCGGACAGGAGGCGAUACACCCCUUUCCCUUCCGCGGCUCAUCAUGGCUACAGUAGUCACCUCGACGAGAUUCACAGACGAGUAUCAGCUCUACGAGGAACUCGGAAAAGGAGCCUUCUCUGUCGUCAGGAGAUGUGUCAAGAAAUCCACUGGUCAAGAGUACGCUGCAAAAAUAAUUAACACAAAGAAACUUUCAGCCAGAGAUCACCAGAAACUCGAACGAGAGGCAAGAAUCUGUCGUCUGCUCAAACACCCAAACAUAGUUCGCCUUCAUGACAGUAUCUCAGAAGAAGGGUUCCACUACUUGGUGUUUGACCUUGUGACUGGAGGGGAGCUUUUCGAGGACAUUGUUGCCAGAGAAUAUUACAGUGAAGCAGAUGCCAGCCACUGCAUUAAUCAGAUCUUGGAGAGUGUCAGUCACAUCCACCAACAUGACAUUGUGCACAGGGAUCUGAAGCCGGAGAACUUGCUGUUGGCCAGUAAGAUGAAGGGAGCAGCGGUGAAGCUCGCAGACUUCGGUCUUGCCAUCGAGGUGCAGGGCGACCAACAAGCUUGGUUUGGUUUUGCUGGAACUCCGGGGUAUCUGUCUCCAGAAGUGUUGAGGAAGGAUCCUUAUGGCAAACCAGUGGACAUAUGGGCCUGUGGGGUGAUCCUGUACAUUUUGCUGGUGGGUUACCCUCCGUUCUGGGACGAGGACCAACACAAACUCUAUCAGCAAAUUAAAGCCGGGGCGUAUGAUUUUCCAUCUCCGGAGUGGGACACUGUGACCCCAGAAGCCAAGAAUCUGAUCAACCAGAUGCUGACGAUCAACCCCGCCAAAAGGAUCACCGCCGACCAGGCUCUGAAGCACCCCUGGGUCUGCCAACGCUCCACCGUGGCCUCCAUGAUGCACCGCCAAGAGACUGUGGAGUGUUUACGCAAAUUCAACGCAAGGCGAAAGUUAAAAGGAGCGAUUCUCACUACGAUGCUGGUGUCCAGAAACUUCUCAGUGGGACGGCAGCACACCAGCCCUGCCGCUACCACCAGCACUGCCGCUAUGGCUCAGGAAGCUUGCAAAACUUUACUAAACAAAAAGUCCGAUGGCGUGAAGAAAAGGAAGUCCAGCUCAAGUGUUUGUUUAAUGGGAAACAACAGUAAAAACAGUGUAGUAAGCAGCAGCAGCACCAAAGACAGCAGCAUGUCAUCGUCAGCUCCAAUGGAAGCCCAGACAACCGUUGUGCACAACCCAGCUGACGGCACCAAGGGCUCGACGGAGAGCUGUAACAACGCAGAAGAGGAGGAGAUGAAAGGUAGGAAAGCUCGUAAACAGGAGAUCAUAAAGAUGACAGAGCAGCUGAUUGAAGCGAUCAACAAUGGGGAUUUUGAGGCGUACACGAGAAUAUGUGACCCGGGCUUGACUUCCUUUGAACCAGAAGCUCUUGGAAACCUCGUCGAAGGAAUGGACUUUCACAAGUUCUACUUUGAAAACUUGCUUAGUAAAAACAGUAAGCCGGUGCACACCACGAUCUUGAACCCUCACGUGCACUUGAUCGGUGAGGACGCCGCCUGCAUCGCGUACAUCCGCCUGACGCAGUACAUGGACAGCCAGGGCCGGCCUCGCUCCUGUCAGUCGGAGGAGACGCGCGUGUGGCACCGCCGUGACGCCAAGUGGCUCAACGUGCACUUCCACUGCUCAGGAGCCCCGGCCGCACCGCUGCAGUGAACACGGGCGCAGCUUUGCCUGAAACACAAAGCUACUUGGAGCAUUUAUUCUCCGUGGUCAGACUGGUCCCUGGAUCCUGGAAAACGGAUGGGGGCCUCUCGGAAAGUUGUAUAAUUUACAAAAAAAAACAAAAAACAAAAGAGGGACAUAUAAAAAUUUUUUUUUUCAAUCCAAAAAUAGUCUAUAAGAUCUAACGGUCGACUUAAAAAAGCUUGAGCGACUGACCACACCGAGAACAGAUCCAGUCCAACUACAGUAGAAGACUUGAGGUGCGAUGCUCUUCAGCCCGGACAGCCUGCAGAGGGUGCAUGUUUCUAACGGCCACACGGGGGCGCCGCUGUUCUGUUCUCCCAUGCCCUUCCUUCUUUAUUCCACCCACUCUUCUGAAAGUAUUAACUAUAUCUAUAUAAACACACAAUAAUAUAGAUUUUAUUGCAAGACACACCACACUUACUGUAGUAGCGGGACGGACCGUGACGGGGAUUGAGCGGCGCGCGAUGGGACUGUGGAAAUGUCGUCUGCGUUACACUUUUGAGCUGUUUUUGAGGAAUAGCUUGGCAUAAUCAUAUCAUUUGUUAUAACAGGAAAUAGUUGUAAUGCGUUCCUGGGAAGAUCUCGUUUUUUAUUUUUUACUCUUGUGUGUUUUUGUCUCCGUACGACGUAAAGUAUUGAGUGUCAUUUUUAAAAAGAAAGGGUUUUAUUUAAAGCACUGUGUCACUGUAAAUGUAUUUAUAGAGAGACGACUAUGGAAAGGGGAGCGUGUUUGGGAUUGGGAGCAUGCAAGUGUGGCUGUAGGGGCGUUUUUGUCGUUUUUAGUCCGAGUGUCCAAGUGUAAAUAACAGAAAUGCAUGCACACACACUCUGUCCCGCGUUUUAAGGAGACACUCUUGAGAAUAAAGGCUGAUCUGAAGUUGCAGAAGGUUUUUUUUCCCUCUCUCACCGACAGGAGGCGCUCAGUUUUUUCGCCGUCUGGACAGUUCUCCUUAUUUGGUCGUGUGUAUUUUUACGUGGGGCAUGUCCGUCUUUUGACUUUAUGGCUUGUACUGUUUUAGAGACGAAGAGAUGGGAUUUUCUGCAGCUUCAGAUGUCGCUCGUCCAAACUGUCCUUCUCCUCCUCCUCCUCUUCCUCCUCCCCUCCUACCUCCUUUUGCAGCCCCCCCAGAUUCUGCCUCAACGACCUCUACAUCGUUUCUGCCCGUGUCUUGCUCCUGAUGACGUCACCUGUUUGCCUGUCCGUCGUUCUGACCGUUCUUAGACGUAUCGAUGUCCGUCUGUUGGCUUGCUGUACUGCGUCACGUCUUGGCACUUUUUUGAGCAUGUUUUUCCAACGGGGAAUGCACCACAAAAUCUGCGAAUCUGGAUUUAACCCUUGUGUGUUCCUCUGGGCUCAAUUUGACUGUGACUGUUGAUUUUUCUUAUUUUAUUUUGGUUAGUAGGCUGUAUUUUAGUAAAGAUUGCGCAUUUUUGAACCUCAAAAUCACCUGCAACUCUUAAUUUCCAUCACUGUCUUGUGUUUGUCAAGUACAGAGGUGGAAAUUAAGUCGAUCUGAGUUAUAAGAGAAACAAAUUGGGGCCAAAUUGAACUUUAACGUCACUUGUUUUUCAGUUCAGACAGUUUUUAUUCUACAAUCAACAUUUUUUCAAACUUUAAUUUUUGAUAGAAAUCACCCAAAUGAACAAGUGGCCCAAUUUUCAACCUAUUUGAUGAAGAAAUGUCCAAGUUCUGCUGUGAGCGAGUUAUUUUUUGGGGUCAUAAAUUACCCCAGGACGACACAAGGGUUUAAAAAAAAAAAAGGCACAUUUUGAGACUGAACAGCAGGGGGAGGUACUGGGACCUCGGCAAUCUAAUGGCAAUCAAAAAAGACAUUGUCCUUCUGUUUGUUGUGUGGUGUAUGAUGUGGAACUGGAAGAAAUUCUACCCCACGUGCGUUUUUUUUACUCUGCUUAACGUAAUUCCGCACUAAAUGUAGAUGUAAAACUCACUUUUGUCGCGUUCAAUCAUGGAAGCACACACACGUGAUCAACAUUUUCCCUUUAAAACAAAACGAACAUAUCUGCGUCAGGGCGUGUUUUUCCACCGUGUAGUUCGUAGAAACGUGUGUGUGUGGAUUUUUAUUCGAACUGGGGCUUGCUGUGCGUCUCCUGCUCCACAGUAAUAACUUAACUUUAAACGCAUGGUCACCGAAAAAGUAAAUAUUCAUUGUGGAAACGUUACGAGUCACUGACAAAAAAAAAAGGAGUAAAAAAAGAUCCAUGUUUUAGUGCCGUGCUGUGCUCAGAGCGCCACGUGCCCAAUCACACAUUUUACGCACCGCGAUGGCGCUGUUCGGACCCAAAACUUUGAUGUUUUCGUGUUGUGGCGCUGGUCCAGGUGUUUGUCGCUGUGUAGAACAAAUGUGCAAGUUUGGUUUGUUUGUUUUUUUCAUGACUUGUCCGCAGUCUUGUUUUCGGAGCGGUCUGCGUUCUCUUUAUAGGAUUUCUAAAGGGAGGUCAAGGUGAGAUCCGAGAGAAUGAACAGGUGCAUUGUGGGUUUGCCAAAGUAUUCGGACAAAGGGGGACCAAGAAAAACGAUACUCAUUAAAAAACUGAUUUUCUACGGAUAAAACUCGACCUUCGGGCUUUUACAAAUUGUAUUGAACCAGUAGCUCAUUUUCGCGCAUUGGCCACUUCAGAUGAUUUUUCUUUCUACAAAUCGCGACAUCUUUGCUUUGACGACUCCUUUGCACUGUCAUGUGAUGUUACAGGGUAUGCGCUUUGUCGCAGUUGUAAAUAAGAUAUGUGACCAAAUCUACAAUUAAUUUCUAAACGAGAAUUACCUCAUCAUUUCUAAAAUCAUUUUAUAUGGUCCAAAUACUUUGGCAAGUGUAAAUUAAGUAAAAGGGGGACCCGACACAAUGAUUUUCAAAAGAUCAUUGGUAAAUGUUUCAAAUGUUAUGCAGUUUUACAAACGGGAAAGGAUUAUGCAUGUCUUUUUCACUGUUUACUUGAUGAAAUGGAAAAUCUAUGUUAUUUGCAUCCUGAAAUGGCUCUGUUUGAGAUAAAGCAAAGUAUUUCACAUGAAAACGCAUAAAAAAGCAAAAGCCUUAGCUUGUAUGUUCCCCUGGACCCUGGUGUCACGGGCGACUUACUCAUGUCUCGGAGUUAAACAUUGGAUGCUGGAUUUUUGCAUGACCAUACAGUUAAUAAAGUCAUAUUUAA